CAGGCACGCACUCCAUCUCCGUUCACAAUCCAAGUGAUAUGGAUCGACGACGAUGCCUAUAGCUCCCACUGCGUGGAAGCUCUUCCACUUCUUCGACGUAUCGCAAGUGCGAUUGCCGGAUGGCGAUGGCUCGCUGUCUCUAGAGCAAGCGAGUAUCGGCACAGUGACAUCUGGCAAAAACAAUGUGUUUGUAGGGACGCCCACUGGUCACGUACACUUACUAGACCAGUCGUUCAAGUCAGUCCGUUCUUGGAAAGCACACGACGCAGGCAGUGUUACCCGUAUUGUGCAGGUUCAUGACACCUCUUACCUGAUCACUCUGGCUGAGACGCUGCAACACGAACCCGAGCUCAAGGUCUGGACUUUGGAUCAGAACGAAAAAAAGACCGGCUUCCCACGAUGUUUGUGCAGUCUGACAGUGCAGAAUGGCCGCAGGAACUUCCCCGUCAGCGCGUUUGCCGUUACUAGCGAUCUUGCGCAGCUCGCGGUGGGGUUCGGCAAUGGCGCUGUAACUGUCGUUCGGGGCGACUUAAUUCACGACCGAGGCACCAAACAGCGGACCGUGUUUGAAUCGGAGGAGCCUAUCACUGGACUCGAAUUUCGCGAAGCCAGCACGACUGCACUUUACAUAGGCACUGUAUCCAAGAUUCUAGCUCUUGCAAUAUCUGGCAAGGCACAAGGCACACCGGCUCGAACACUGGAUGAACACGGCUGUGCGGUAGGCUGUAUGACACUGGAUCCUCAGUCCAACGAAGUGGUCGUGGCACGCGAAGAUGCCAUAUACUCCUAUGGUCCAAAAGGCAAGGCGAGCUCAUUCGCAUGUCAAGGUGCAAAGAAACUGGUCAACAUGCACAAGGACUAUGUGCUAGUGGCCUCGCCUCCCGACAACAAUUUCGGGCAGGCUUCCAAGCUUGGCGCAUUUCGAACAGCUCGAGCGGACGAGAUCUUCAAUACCAGCACCUUCUCCAUACUCAACGCGGAUCUGAAGUUCACUGCGUACUCGAAGCCCAUAUCGACGCAAAUACACAAAGUGUUCACGAUUUGGGGCGAUGUAUUCUUGCUCACCAUCGAUGGCAAGCUCUACAGGUACCACGAGAGGACGUUUCAACAGAAGUUGGAAGAGUUGUACAGCCGCAAAGAGUACUUAUUAGCGAUCAUGCUGGCGAAGAAGUACAACGUCGAUGCCGUGCAGCAAAAUGUCAUCUUUCGAAAGUACGGCGACUACCUGUACCAGAAAGGUGAUUACGAUACCGCCAUGCAGCAGUACCUGCGAGCUAUCGACAACACAGAGCCUUCGCAAAUUAUCCGAAAGUUCCUUGACAACCAGCGGAUAAGAAACCUCAUCGAUUACCUGGAAGAGCUGCACGAGCAUAACAAAGCUACCUCCGAUCACACAACUUUGCUGCUGAACUGUUACGCGAAGCUGAAAGAUGUUGACAAGCUUGAGGAAUUCAUUAAACAGCCCGGUGAGCUCAAAUUCGACCUCGACACUGCCAUCAUAAUGUGCCGGCAGGGUGGCUACUACGACCAAGCAGCAUUCUUGGCUAGACGGCACGAAGAGCAUGGGCUCGUGAUCUCGAUCCUGAUUGAGGACUUGAAGAAGUAUGCAGAAGCGCUUGCGUACAUCGUGCGCCUGGAGCCAAAGGAGGCUUAUCCAAAUUUUAUGAAGUACGGGACUGUCCUGCUUGAGCACUGUCCCGAGGAAGCUACGCAGCUCUUCAUUGACUACUUCACUGGGAGAUUCCGACCAAAGAAAGACGCCGUCAUCGUCCAGGAGACUCCGGCCACCCAGCAAAGCAGCGGGUUCGGAACCAUGGCAUCGUCUGCGGCGCAAAAUCUGGCGUCGCUUAUCCCGUUGCCUUACAUGAACACAAGUACUGUGCAGACGCCAAAGAAUGGUGAUGAGGCGUCGACAAUACAGCAGGCCCAGGUCAUCGAGACACAGACGGAGGAAGAAUACAUCGAGUACGAAGUGCCCAAACCACGAGUCGCAUUACCAGCCUUCAUUGAUCAUCCUGAUCAAUUCAUCACAUUUUUGGACGCCUGCAGUAACAGCGAUGGUGUCAAAGCUGAGCACCGCGCGGACUUGCACACCACUUUGUUUGAGAUGUAUCUGCACAAGGCAAACACGACCAAGGAGGAUGACAAGGCAGAAUGGGAGCACAAAGCGAAGAGCCUGAUUGAGGAGAAGGAGGGCCCAGUCGAUACUUCCAAUGUGCUCCUUCUGUCCGAUCUCGCAAAAUUCCGCGACGGCACAAUUCUGGUCAGCGAGAAGCAGGGCCUUCGCUUUGACGUCUUCCGGUCAUACACUGCAGCAUAUGAUACGCAAGGUGCAAUCAAAGCGCUGCGCAAAUAUGGACCGGAGGAACCACAACUAUACCCAGCGGCACUCGCAUAUUUCACCAGCACGCCUCAAGUCCUUGACGAGGCCGGCGAUGAGGUCGAUGCCGUGCUAAAGAAGAUAGACGAGGACGGCCUCAUGGCUCCCCUUCAAGUGAUCCAGACCUUGUCCACCAACGCCGUUGCCACGAUGGGCCUGGUCAAACGAUACCUUUCUGGCACCGUCCAACGCGAACGAGCAGAAAUCGAAUCUAACAGGAAACUCAUUCAAUCCUACCGCAAAGACACCGUAGCUAAGCAAGGCGAGAUUACAGAGCUUACCAACAAACCUGCAUCAUUCUCUGCGACACGCUGUUCGAGCUGUGGCGCGACACUCGACCUGCCCACUGUGCACUUCCUAUGCAAGCACUCUUUUCAUCAGCGUUGUCUCAAUGUUCCUGAGGGCAUUGACAUUAAGAAUGAAGUUGAAAUUGAGUGUCCACUUUGCGCGCCUCAGAACAAUAUUGUGAGGCAGACAAGGCAAGCCCAAGAAGAAAGCGCGGGUCGACACGAAUUGUUCAAGGCUAGUCUGCAGAAUCCAGGCGAAGGAGGGCGAUUCGGUGUGAUCGGAGAUUGGUUUGGCAGAGGUGUGAUGAGUGCGCCUGCUGUUCAGACUGUGGAUAGUAGUCGGAGGGGAAGCUCGAACUUUUGAGCAGAAAAAGUACACUCCAGACUAAGUUUAAUCGAACAAAUGAGUGCAAAGUGGCAUUUUCAUUUCGCUCCACCAAUCUACUCAAGCUGUCGCUUGCUUUUAAGCAGUCUUCUUGUCAUCUCGCUCUUCCAACAAAUGCGGCUUCCAGAACAGAAAUACGGAUCGCAACACCAGAAAAGCGGUCAUAUUGAUCGCACCUCCGAGCAGUGCCGUCUCCGUCAUCCCGACAUCUGCACCUUUGAGCCAUGCACCUCCCAUGAUCGCCACGAAAGCCACUUCUGGGCCAGCGAGAGCUAGAUAC